CACAAAAAGUCACAUUCAUUCUCUUUCCCCUCCCUCUCUUCUCUCUUCUCUCUUCUCUCUUCUCACCCUUCUCCUACCUCCCAUCACACUUUAUAAACCACACCAUCAUCUAAUCAUCAUCUAAACUAAACCACUCUCUAUUCCCUUCCUCUCUUCCUCCUUCCUCCUUCCAUCACCUUAUUAUGAUGGGUCUUCAUCAGGAUCCCACCGAUCAAGGCCUUCAGCUUAUUCUCGGAUUAGCUUUGACCACAUCCACCCCAGACAACACCGUCACUCCGUCACCACCAUCCAUUUCCAACACCCUUCAUCAUCUCACCACCACUCACAGGCCAAACCCCUAUUCCUCUAAAUCCACUUUCAUCUCCACAACUAACUCCCAGGCUGAGCCUUCACUCACGUUGGCUCUCUCCCGCCACACUUACCCGGACCAGCUGCUCAAACUCUCCUCUGAGGACCCUCUUGAACAGACUUCACCUCACAGUGCUAUCUCCUCCUUCUCCGGUGGAAGUGGAAGGGUCAAGAGGGAGAGGGAUCUCAGCUGUGAAGAGGCCGAUGCAACAGAGACAGAGAGGGUUUCUUCAAGAGCCAGCGACGAAGAAGAAGACGGCACCACCGCCAGGAAGAAACUCAGGCUUACCAAAGAACAGUCCGCUUUGCUUGAAGAAAGCUUCAAACAACACAGCACCCUCAAUCCUAAACAGAAACAAGCUUUGGCCAAGCAGUUAGGUCUUCGGCCUCGACAAGUCGAAGUGUGGUUCCAGAACCGGAGAGCCAGAACAAAGCUGAAGCAGACAGAGGUGGACUGCGAGUUCCUAAAAAAGUGUUGUGAAACAUUAACAGACGAGAACAGAAGGUUGCAGAAGGAGCUGCAGGAGCUGAAGGCACUGAAACUGGCUCAGCCCCUUUACAUGCCUAUGUCUGCGGCAACCCUCACCAUGUGUCCCUCAUGUGAGAGGCUAGGUGGCGGCGUCGGCGGCGGCGCUUCCACUAAGUCACCCUUCUCCAUGGCUCCUAAACCUCACUUCUUCAACCCCUUCGCCAAUCCUUCUGCAGCAUGUUGAUUGAUUCUUAUUAUGAAUUAGGUUUUUAGUUUUAUUUUUGUCGUUAAAAAAGAACAAAAAAAAAAAAGAACAACGAAAGAAGAGUUUCCCGGCAACCUUUGUAUUUUUUUGGUUGGGGGAUAGAAUACGUAUGAUGGGUUACUGCAUCAGGUAGUGAAAAGGUUAAGGGUGUAAUUAACUAAUACUGUAGAAAUUUGUAACUGCUGAUCAAAAUUACUUUUUACUUUUGAUCCUU